AUGGCCGCCGCUGCCGCCGAGGGUGACGUCACACGGCGUGACCUCCCCGCCCGCGCCCGCCCGCGACGGCCCCGCCGUGGGCGCGAGGGACGAAAUCCAUUUCGCGCGGCCGGCGCUGCCCCUCCCACGCCCAUCGCCCUCGCCCGCGGGGCGACCGACGACCCCUCCUGGCCGUCCCCUGACGCCACCGCCCCGCACCGCACCGCGCCGCCGGCGGACGAAGAGGCUACCUCUUUCCCUCGCUCUUGUCCUCACCUUUCCGUCUCUUUGGAAGUCCUCUGUAACUACUCGAGAAGCAAAACCCAGAAACCAGAUGAUGGUCUGUCUGGGCGGCCGCUUCUCUCCUCAUUUGUGGAUGCAUUUGCGAGGCACAAUAGCAUACAUGAAUCUGUGCCCGACGGCCGAGUGGAGGCGCUGGUGACUCCUUGUGUAAAUAAAGUUUUCCAAAUGGAAGUAACUAUUUGUUAA